CAGAGUUUUUCCACGUCAGUGUGUUUACCAAGACCAGAUUGACAGCCUGGGAAGGUGCAGAAUUUAUUGAUGAAUGGAGCAUUUUUGAAGAGUGAAUGAAUAAGCGGUGUUUGGAAAUAUCACGUUAUCAAGCAGUGGAAUGUCCGCAUUUUUUAGUUUGUCUAUUUGUCGUAGUGAAGUGAACUUUGCUCAUCUUCAUUCACUGUUGGCCGACUAGCCUGACAGCCUGCCGAGCUAGGCUAGCAUUAGCUACAGCAGGACUCCGUCUUUGAAAUAACAGCCACACACAGAACAGCAGCAUGGUGGACAAAAACAUCUAUAUCGUCCAGGGUGAAAUCAGCACUGUUGUUGGCGCUAUCAAGAGGAACUCCAGAUGGAAUACUCAUACUCCUUUGGAUGAAGAACAAGACCCUUUACUCAACAGCUUUGGCCAUCUAAAGGAAAUACUGAACAACAUUAAAGAGCUGUCAGAUAUUGAACCCAACAUUUUCCUGAGGCCCUUCCUAGAAGUAGUCCGCUCUGAGGACACCACUGGACCAAUCACAGGCCUUGCCCUUACCUCUGUCAACAAGUUCCUGUCCUAUGGCCUUAUUGAUGCUAACCAUGAAGCAGCAGCAGAGGCCAUUGAGAACAUGGCAGAUGCAGUCACACAUGCUAGAUUUGUGGGAACAGACCCUGCCAGUGAUGAAGUUGUUCUCAUGAAAAUCCUACAGGUCCUAAGGACUCUGCUGCUGACCCCAGUUGGAGCCCACCUGACCAAUGAGUCUGUUUGUGAGAUCAUGCAGUCCUGCUUCAGGAUUUGCUUUGAGAUGCGCCUAAGUGAACUCCUCAGGAAAUCAGCUGAACAUACACUGGUUGACAUGGUGCAGCUGCUGUUCUCCAGACUACCCCAGUUCAAAGAGGAGGCCAAGAGUUAUGUGGGCGCCAACAUGAAAAAGUUGAAGAUGCGUGCCGGUGGAAUGAGUGAGUCAUCCAAAUGGAAGAAGCAAAAACGUUCACCAAGGCCCCCUCGCCACAUGGUCCGAAGUCCCUCUGGUCAGAUGGACCCAACCCAGUCCAGCACCCUCAGCAACAACAACCUUUCAGGUGGUGUCCCCUUCAUUGAGCAAGGCUUGUCCACCUCUAGCUUACCAGCCUCAGACAGCGCUGGCUCAUCCAUUUCCAGUCCUACAACCACAGACAGCGGCCUGGACACCUGCUCGAAAGCCACUUCCAGGGAGGACCUUUCUGACCUGGAACAGUGUAGCUCAUCUGCAAACACCCCUAGCAUUUCUACCACACUCCCUGGGACUGAGCCUGGCUCUCCAGAUGCACAGUCUGAGGGCAGGCAGGUUGAACCAGCUCAGUCGGCCUCAGUGGAGUCCAUCCCUGAGGUUCUGGAGGACAAAGACUCUAUUGCUGAGCAGUCAGACAACACCUCUGUCCAUGACAUGGACUAUGUUAACCCUCGUGGAGUCCGCUUCACACAGUCCACACAAAGAGACGGAGCGUCCCUCAUCCCUUAUGGCCUUCCAUGUCUAAGGGAGCUUUUUCGCUUCCUGAUCUCACUGACCAACCCCCACGACCGCCACAACACUGACGCCAUGAUGCACAUGGGCCUGCAGCUGCUGACUGUAGCACUUGAGUCAGCGCACAUCGCUAACUACCAGUCAUUACUAGGACUGGUCAAAGACGAGCUCUGCAGACAUCUCUUCCAGUUGCUGAGUGUUGAUCGUAUGAACCUGUAUGCUUCUUCCAUUCGAGUUUGCUUCUUGCUUUUCGAAAGCAUGAGAGUUCAUCUGAAGUUUCAGCUCGAGAUGUACCUUAAGAAACUGAUGGACAUCAUCACAUCAGAGAACGUUAAGAUGCCCUAUGAGAUGAAGGAGAUGGCUCUGGAAGCUCUGGUCCAGCUGUGGAGGAUCCCCAGCUUUGUCACCGAGCUGUACAUUAACUAUGACUGUGACUUUUACUGCUCCAAUCUGUUUGAAGACCUCACUAAACUGCUGUCCAAGAAUGCGUUCCCCGUGUCAGGGCAGCUCUACACCACCCACCUCUUGUCACUGGAGGCUCUACUCACAGUUAUUGACAGCACCGAAGCCUACUGCCAGGCCAAAGUGCUCAGCAGCACUGCUCAGCAAGACCAGUCAGAAACACUUCUGGCAGAGGGAGAAGGUUCAACCAAAAGUGGAACUGACACUACAACUGAUCUUAGUAGACAGAGCAGUACCAAUGGUAUGAGUGUUCCACAAACCGAGAAUGCACCAGUAUGUCCACCAACCAGUGGACAUCUGAUGGCAGAGAAGAUGAAACUGGGGAGACAGGAUCAAGGAGACAAUGAUGCUGUUGAGAAGAGACCUCCCAAGAAGCCACAACGUUUCUCGACAUGUUUACCUGAUUCCCAAGAACUGAUGGAAAUUAGAACAAAGAAAAAGCUGCUGAUCACAGGAACAGAGCAGUUUAACCAGAAGCCCAAGAAAGGAAUCCAGUUCCUGCAAGAGAAAGGCCUCCUCAGUAACCCCAUGGAUAACAACCAGGUGGCCCAGUGGCUCAGAGAAAACCCCCGACUGGACAAAAAGAUGAUUGGAGAGUACAUCAGUGAUCGCAAGAACAUGGAGCUCCUGGACAGCUUUGUGAACACAUUCGCCUUCCAGGGGCUUCGUAUUGAUGAGGCACUGCGACUGUACCUUGAGGCCUUUAGACUACCUGGGGAGGCUCCUGUCAUCCAGAGACUCCUGGAAACCUUCACAGACAACUGGCAUAAAGUGAACGGCUCUCCAUUCAUGAGCAACGAUGCAGGCUUUGCCUUGGCCUACGCUGUCAUAAUGCUGAACACUGACCAGCAUAACCACAAUGUCCGCAAGCAGAACAUCCCCAUGACUGUAGAGCAAUUCAAGAAAAAUCUGAAGGGAGUAAAUGGAAACAAAGACUUUGACCAGGACAUGUUGGAGGAUAUCUACAACGCUAUCAAGAAUGAAGAGAUUGUGAUGCCAGACGAGCAGACAGGUUUAGUGAAGGAGAACUAUGUAUGGAGUGUGUUGCUACACCGCGGUGCCACACCAGAGGGUGUUUUCCUCCACCUGCCGCCUGGCAGCUAUGACCAUGACUUGUUCACCAUGACCUGGGGUCCCACCAUCGCUGCCCUCUCUUACGUCUUUGACAAGAGCCUUGACGAUAGCAUCAUCCAGAAAGCCAUCACUGGCUUCAGGAAAUGCGCAAUGAUAGCAGCUCACUAUGGCUUCAGUGAUGUUUUUGACAAUUUGAUCAUCUCCCUCUGCAAGUUCACCACUCUGAGCAAUGAGUCUGUGGAAAACCUUCCUACAGUGUUUGGCAGCAACAGUAAGGCACAGACAGCAGCCAAGACAGUGUUUGACCUCGCCCAUCGGCACGGCAACAUCCUGAGGGAGGGCUGGAAGAACAUCAUGGACUCCAUGCUGCAGCUGUUCAGAGCUGAGCUCCUGCCCAAAGCCAUGGUCGAGGUGGAGGAUUUUGUGGAGCCUAACGGGAAAAUUUCUCUUCAAAGAGAGGAAACGCCUUCAAAUCGUGGUGAGUCUGCCGUGUUGAGUUUUGUUAACUGGCUGACGUUGAGUGGAGCCGAGCAGACAGGACUCAGAGGCCCGUCCACAGAAAACCAAGAGGCCAAGCAGGCUGCCAUCCUCUGUAUUAAGCAAUGUGACCCAGAGAAGCUGAUCACAGAGAGUAAAUUCCUACAGCUGGAGUCACUACAGGAGCUAAUGAAGGCUCUGAUAUCAGUCACCCCAGAUGAAGAGACUUAUGAUGAAGAGGAUGCUGCCUUCUGCUUGGAGAUGUUGUUGCGUAUUGUUUUGGAGAACCGAGACCGCGUGUCCUUUGUGUGGCAGACAGUGCGAGACCACCUCUGCCACCUUUGUGUCCACGCCAAUGAGAGCUGCUUCCUGGUGGAGAGAGCUGUGGUGGGACUCCUGCGACUCGCGAUCCGCUUGCUACGGCGAGAAGACAUUAGCUCUCAGGUUCUCCACUCUCUGCGUCUCCUGCUGAUGAUGAAGCCUCAUGUCUUGUCCCGAGUCAGCAGGGAGGUGGCCUAUGGCCUUCAUGAACUGCUGAAGACUAAUGCAGCCAACAUCCACUGUACAGACGACUGGUACACACUCUUCUCCCUGCUGGAGUGCAUUGGAGCUGGAGUGAAACCUCCCGCCUCCUUCCAGCUCACCUCCACCACUACUGACAACGACACAGGUGCCCAGUCUGACAGUGAGCUGUCCUCUCAUCAUCCCAGUGAGCUGAGUUUAGACCGCGGCUACACGUCUGACUCUGAGGUCUACACUGAGCACAGCAAGACCAGGAUCUCUCGCUCUACAACUGAUGUGGAUGUAGCAAGCAGUGGAUGGCUCGUGGUUGGGAAAGACGACCUGGACACUAGUAAGACUGCUCCUGUAAGCUCUAAAGCUCAGCUGAAUCACCCACUGGUCAACCAGUACAGUCUGACUCUGGGUCAGGACUUGGGUCAGCACGACACAAAGUCUCUCAUCAAAUGUGUGGAAACACUUUCUUUCAUCGUCCGUGAUGCUGCCCAUGUCACCCCUGACAAUUUUGAGCUGUGUGUUAGAGCUAUCCGAGUGUUUGUGGAGGCCAGCCUAAAUGGAGGUUACCGCAAUCAUGAUAAGAAGAAGAGCCACAAAUACGACUCCAAGUCCCGGUUGAGGAAGAAGGCAGGUGGUAGGGAAAAGGAGGGUGGAGGCAGCACAAGGCGAGGCGGCAGCCGUGCAUCCAGCCAACGUCCAUCCCGUUCCCACAGCGACGAGGAGGAGGAUGAGGGUGUCCCAGCCAGUUACCACACGGUGUCAUUACAGGUUAGUCAGGAUCUGUUAGACCUGAUGCACACACUGCACACCCGGGCUGCAAGCAUCUACAGCUCCUGGGCGGAGGAGCAGCGUCAUCUGCAGGCUGCAGGCAGGAAAAUCGAAGCCGACUCCCAGACUCUGUGGACCAGCUGCUGGUGCCCGCUGCUGCAAGGCAUUGCUUGGCUGUGCUGUGAUGCCAGGCGACAGGUUCGAAUGCAGGCCCUCACGUACCUCCAGAGGGCGCUGCUUGUUCACGACCUGCAGACGCUCGAUGCAACAGAGUGGGAGUCCUGCUUCAAUAAGGUGCUUUUCCCUCUGUUGACAAAGCUGCUUGACAACAUAAGCCCAGCAGAUGUGGGUGGCAUGGAGGAGACCAGAAUGAGAGGCUGCACACUCCUGUCAAAGGUUUUCCUCCAGCACCUGUCUCCCCUGCUGUCCCUGCCCACCUUCGCUGCCCUCUGGCUCACCAUCCUGGAUUUCAUGGACAAGUACAUGCACGCAGGAUCCAGUGACUUACUGUUGGAGGCGAUCCCUGAGUCUCUGAAAAAUAUGCUGCUGGUGAUGGACACAGCAGGGAUCUUUCACAGCGCUGACUCCAGGACAGGAUACUCAGACCUGUGGGAAAUAACCUGGGAGCGAAUCGUCUGCUUCCUGCCUCACCUGAGGGAGGAGCUCUUCAAACAGACUGUCAUACCAGAUCCAGUGCCCAGCCCCAGCAGAGACCGUGCAGCCACCACCCCCAGCAGCCGCCCUCCCCCGGUCCCAGUCCCAGUCCCAGUGUCCCCUGCAGAGACACAGACUCCCAGCAGGCCAGCAUCACCCCAGGAGCCCCCAACCACCACCACCGGAUCAGAGCGACCGUCUUCAGCCUCACCCUCCAUCCCUCCCAUGCCGGUGCCGUUGAAAACAUCCCCCGCCCAGGCUCCCUCACCCUUGAGCCAGUCGCCCCUUAUCCUGCAGCCCCUCGCUUCUCCCCUGCAGGUGGGAGUCCCGCCCAUGUCCCUGCCAAUCAUCUUGAACCCCGCCCUCAUCGAGGCCACUUCCCCCGUACCGCUGCUUUCUGGUCCCAGACCUACGAGCCCCUCCGACGAGGUCAAGUAAGAGAAGUGGUGCUCCCACCCCCCACCCCCACGCCCCAUCACACCCUCUUUAACAACUGGACCCAACAGAUUUCAACUUGCAGAGGUCACCAGGUUUUGAAAUGAUGAAGUCUGUAUGAGAGGACAAGUUAGAUGUGACGCUUCAGUUAUACCACUUUUGAUUUCUAGGGUUAGAGUUAAACAUCUGACACCAUGCAUUCUUUGUGCCAUUUUUGUGUUUGGUAUUUUCUCAUUCCUGUGGAUCAAAGACUAAAUGGAGACAAUGUGACAUCAUGUUGAGAUUUUCAGGAAGAGGAAAUUCAGGACUUAAGUAGAAGGAAGGAAAAAUGUUCCAUGUAAAACUGUGAGGUGAAGUGUGUUCACUCAAGAAUCUGGGGGGAAUCUGGGUGUUUUGGAAACCUGGGGAGAGUUAAUAUUAUACUGCACAUUGUGAACGUUUUACCGGCUGAUUCCGGUGUUUUUAAACUCAGUCCAUUCGAAACAUUUUAGACUAAUAUGAUACCACAAAGUUCCAGAGAUUCAGCAUGUCCCCACAGUUUUAUUCUUGCCAGUGUGAGGAUGAGGCAGGUCUUAGUCUUUAUUUUUCUGGAGUCAAAAUAAACUACAGUGUGUGUGGUGCUAAUGAAGGAACACAUCACCCAACAGUGGAGCUCUAUGGCACAGAGGAAUUAGACACACACACACACACACACACACACACACACACACACACACACACACACACACAGAGUACCUGUCAGUGGUGUUGGUACUAAGACAAAUGUAAAGCAUCAGCAGCUGUGGGGGACUCGUUCUCUUCACCUCAGUGUUUCUGAAGUUGAGGCCGUGGCUGAACUCCUGAAUGAAGCUGAUGGAAUAGUUUUCACCUGUGACGCUGGAAUUGUUCCUGUCGUCAGCAUCAGGAGAAGAGAUUUAGGCUCAUCAGUUGUUUUUGUGGAAUCUCAAACACGAGCUUCAGUCCAGAUUCAUCAGUGUCACUCCCAUGUUUUCUCAUCAACUUGGUGGAAGUCUUAAUGAAGAAACAAGUACAGGAAUACACUUCUUACCUGAAGGCCAGGUUUCAGUGGACCCCCCCCGCCCCCCACCCCGCCCUUAUAGAUUUGAACUUGAUAGGACCAGGCUGACCUCAUGGCUUUGCUUGUACGCCUGUGCUUCAUGUUGAUAUAUAGAUUUCAGGCAGGGACAGUAAAGAUAGGUACUGCAUGUUGUUUUCCAAGAGCUUGGACUUCAGUGGGAUGUUCCACAGAGCUGAUAUUUCACACCACUGAUUGAGAGCUGUACAGAAAAACGACUUUAUUUAUUCAUCAGUCAGUUUUAGUUUCAGAGGCCUGUGUAACAUCCACAGGCAGACACACUGGACUGCACUCUGUAUUUCUUUUUUUAAUUCUACAUGAGCUCUUUGUCCCCAAUGGCAAAAAAAAAAAAAAAACAAGCUUUGAUUUCAGGCACCUUAUGAAUUCCUCCUCCACCAAACAAAGAUGGACCGGAGAUGUCGCAUGUUCAACAUUCCAAAAUGUAGAUACUUGAGUCUGCCAUGAGCUCGGCCCACUGUACGGAGGUGUUAAGACAUCCAUGCAGAACCUUUAUGGUUCAUGAUGAAUCUAACAAAUAUUUUACCUUAGUUCAGAAGUGAUGUCAUUUUAUCAUGUUUAUGUAGCUGGCUGCACAAAGAGCCUGAGGAGCUUUUUAUGGAGCGAGGCUGGGUCACUGAUCAUAUCACAACAACAUCUCUGGAGGCAGAGAAAGGCAAGCAACUUCAGACCUUACUGCUACAUUUAAUCAUCACUGAGUACUUGGUGCUGAAGUUGAAUUACUGUUGAAUUUCUGGCAUCUGUCUUUGGAAACCAUCAGUAUCAGUUUGUUUGGUUUGAGCAGCGGGUCACGUCAGGUGGUGUCAUUUCAGGAGUCUGAUCUCAGUUCAGUAACUAUCCCUGCUCAGCAGGAAUGUUAAAAAGCACAGAGGGAGACUUUAUCUGAGGGGUGCUGCACUGUGCUCUCACUGACAGUAAAACACGUACCCAUCAGUCCACAUGACUUCAUCUUUACUGAUCUCAGUUGGUUUGUAAACGAUCCUGGAGGAGAACCAAAAGGCAGCAGAGGAUUUUAUUUUAUUCCCUGGUCCAGAUCGAAAUGAAGCAGACUACAGAUCAGAUUUUAUUGUCCUGACUUGAAUCUUUAAACCACAACUUGCAACUUGGAACAUGAAACACAAACCUUUGUGAAGUGGCACCACUCUGAAUUAGCCUCAUACCAGGGAGGACCUCAAACCACAUAAAUGAAGAUAGAUGGUUUUCAAAGUAAAGUUUUACUCUGAGGUAUUUCCUCGUCCAUACUAAGUCUUCAGUUGUGCUUAAAUCUCACAAUCAGCAUUUCAUCUGCUGCAGCUUUCCUGCAUAGAUAACUGUCGACACUGUUGCAUGCUGACUGUGUCACGUGUACAGCGACGUGUGCCCUGACAACCUGAUGGAGACUAAUGUACCGUUUUAAUGCCAAAUGUGCGUCUGUGGUGUAGGUGAGGACAGAGAGCUGAACAUCCAUUCAAAGCGUCCCUGGGAUUCUCUCCAUGAUGUUUAAUGUUAAUGUUAUUUAUUGAAUUGGGAGAGUAGAGGGACUGUCCGCUGCAGUACAGUUGACGUGGAUACAGUGUGUACACUACAGCCUUAUAGAGUCACCAACGUGAGAUAUUUUGUAAGCUGUGGGUUUAUUUGUCGUACGGGACUCUUAGAUAUAUCAGCUGAUUCUUGCUUGAACAGGAAAUUACAUGAAUAUAAUGUGUAUAUAUAUAAAUGAAAGGUAAUGUACUUUUUACUAUGUAAUAAAUAAAAUGUAAAGAAAGUG